GAACAAAAACGGGGGAGGGGAGCCGAAAGCAGAAGAAAGAAAAUGGGAGAACCUCCCACCCAUAAUUCCCGAAUCAAGAACCAUCUGUCUCUCGAAGGCCGAAGCCCACCUACUUGGCAACCCCGAGACCGGACCACGUCAACCCACAAUGCAUGCCCACGCGGCACCACCUGAACCCUCGACGUCGCCUCCAUGCACAACUCACAGUCGAGAGAUCUCUCCCUUAUAUCCUCUCUGCUAGCACACUCUGGAAAGGCCGCAACAGAGGUUAGUAGCACAACUGAGGACUGGAGAAUGGCUUCGAGCGACAAGGAGCCGGGAACGAUACCGCAGGGCCUUGGUGGUUGCGACGGGGGCCCACCAGGACGGCCGAUGACGGUGGGGCAGCACAUGCUCUACAAGGGUGCGGAGAUGAUGCAGUCGCUAAAGCCGGUAAAGCAGAUGAACCAGCACGUCUGCACCUUCGCUCUCUAUGCCCAUGACAUGAGCCGGCAGAUCGAGACCCACCACUACCUUACCCGACUCAACCAGGACUUCCUCCAGUGCGCCGUCUACGACUCCGACGACUCCUCCGGCCGCCUCAUCGGGGUGGAGUAUGUAGUAUCGGACAAGAUAUUCGAGGGGCUGCCCCCGGAGGAACAGAAGCUGUGGCAUUCCCAUGCUUACGAGAUCAAGAGUGGUUUGUGGGUGAAUCCCCGAAUCCCAGAGAUGGUGGAGAAGCCCCAGCUCGAUAAUCUGGCCAAAACCUAUGGCAAGUUCUGGUGCACUUGGCAGGUCGACCGAGGGGACAGGCUGCCACUUGGAGCACCGGCGCUGAUGAUGUCUCCGCAGGCGGUGAAUCUUGGGAUGGUGAGGCCCGACCUGGUGCAGAGGAGGGACGACAAGUACAACAUUUCCACCGACGCCCUCAGGGCCUCGAGAGUCGAAAUUGAGGAGCCUGAGUGGAUCAAUCCCCGGGCUGAUUACUGGAAGCGACAUGGAAAUGGGUUCGUGAUCGAUGUGAAGCCUGCAGAGAUGAAGCAAAUCGCUCCCUUUCCUUGAGGAGCAGAGGUAGCUAUAUGCAUAGUGUAGUAAGUCAGACUAGCUGUAGAGUAUGGAGCAUCUAUGGAGGAAAAUCAGGGUUGUUUACACCGUCACUUAUAUUUUUUUGUGGGCUCUUUUGUUGUUGAUCAACUGUGGCGCCUGUCGGAUGUUUCAGGAAUUUUGAACUAUAUAGCUGAUGAAAGUUUGUCCUUCUAUAGUUUCUCCGUUGAUCAAUCAAGCUCUUCAACUUCUUUCAAUGUAAAGUUUAAACUGUCAGACGGAUGUGUCAAAUGGGGUCUGGUGAGAAUUGAAUUCAAUAUAUUUUGAUUCCA